AUGGAAAACAAUGGAGCUGGCAUGUCCCCUGACAUGGAUUUAGAAGACAGGUUGAGAGAUGAGGAGAAAGGAAAUAACUCGAACGGUAUUUUGAGAGCGCCUGUCAACAUCCUCUCCAGAGCACUUGCUUCAAUCCGCACAAGCAAUAAGGACAAUGGUCCUCCUCCCGACGGAGGACUGGAAGCUUGGUGCCAGAUCAUCUGGUCGCAUUUCACGUUUUGCAAUACUUGGGGUUAUGUCAACUCCUUUGGCGUUUUCCAGACACAUUACACCCAAAUGCUGAGCGAAACCCCAUCGACGAUUUCGUGGAUCGGGAGCGUUCAGGUGUUCCUCCUAUUUUCUGUCGGAACGCUGUCGGGUAGAGCAUCAGAUGCAGGAUUCUUCAAGGCGGUUUGGGGACUCGGAGCUCUCCUAACUGUGAUUGGGGUUUUCAUGGCCUCCUUGUCCACGACUUACUGGCAGCUGUUCCUGUCACAAGGCCUCUGUUUAGGGAUCGGGUGUGGCCUUAUGUUUUGUCCCAUGCUCUCCUUGAUAUCGACCUACUUCUCGAAAUAUCGGUCGUUGGCCGUUGGUUUGGCAGCUGCUGGUUCCAGCACCGGUGGCCUUGUAUUUCCAGCUGUGGUCAAGCAGCUACUUCCUCAGAUCGGAUUCCCAUGGACCAUGCGUAUCCUUGGCUUCAUUACCCUCGCGACGCUAAUUCCAUCGUUUAUUUUCUUCAAGCCGAGGGUACCACCACGGAAGGGAGGUCCUUUUGUGGAAUGGACAGCCUUCGCAGAUCUAUCGUACACGUUUUUCAGUGUUGGAAUGUUUUUCGCCUUUUGGGGACUGUAUGUGGCCUUUUUCUACAUUGGCAGCUUCGCUCGGGAUAUCGUCGGCGUCGACCAAGCGACCUCGAUCAGUCUGCUGUUGAUUAUCAACGGCGCAGGCAUGCCAGCUCGGGUCCUGCCCAACCUUCUCGCAGACAAGCAUACUGGCCCGGUCAAUCUCCUUAUCCCUAUUAUUUUCAUAACCUCUAUCAUACUCUUUUGCUGGGUUAGUGUGACCACGUCCAGCGAUGUGUACGCCUUUUCAGUGUUUUAUGGGAUAUUUUCCGCCGGCAUACAGUCCUUAUUUCCCGCUUCUCUGACCUCGUUGACGGUGGAUUUGAAAAAGAUCGGCGUUCGAACCGGCAUGGUAUUAACUAUCGUCAGCUUUGCGUCUUUGACGGGCUCGCCAAUUGCAGGUGCCCUGGUACAGCGUGGUAACGGGGGCUACUCGUAUGCUCAAUGCUUCGCUGCUGCCAGCAUGGCCGUCGGUGGCAUAUUAGUUGCCAUGUCUCGGAUCUGCAGUACUGGCUUUGUUCUCAAAGCCAGAAUGUAA